CGGCGGCGGCGGAGUAGGUCGAGACCGAGACUAGAUAUGUCUGGGAGGCGAACGCGGUCCGACGGGACCGCUCAGCGCUCUGGGCCCAGAACCCCAUCCCCUACUGAGUCUCUGCGGAGGUCCCAUAGGAAAUCAGGCUCUGAUCUCCCGAGGAUCCUUCCUCAAAUCUGGCCUCAGCCACCCCACGCGAAUCCUCCAGUCAGAAAGCCUAUUGUCUUGAAGAAGAUCGUGGCCCAUGCUGCAGAGAUCCCAGCUGUCCGCUCGCCUCGCAGGAGCCCCAGGGUGAGUUCUUUUUCAUCUGCGUAG